GGCCCCCACGCCAGGAUGUCCCACGCCUGGGUCCUCGGCCUCGUCCCCACCUUGCUGCUCGGCCUGCUGGCCGGCCUCCAACAGGCUGCAGCCGUAUGUGGCGUCUUCUUCAGCUGCCCCAAAGGAUUCAAAUGCUGCGGCGACAGCUGCUGCCAGGAUUAUGAGUUCUUCUCGGGCCCCUUGAGGACCUUCAUCAUCAUCUUCCUGAUCUUGGUGCCCAUCCUGUGCAUCUGUGGCCUGGCAAGGCGCUUCUGUUGCAACUGCGGAGAGCAGGAACAGCACCCCCGGAUGGCUCCCAUGGCACCCCCGCAACAGCCCCCCACUGUCCCUGCAGAGAGUAUCAUCGUGUCCUCCUCUGCGCCCCCACCCCCCUACAACGAGAUUAUUCUGAAGCCUGUCCUGGGCCUGCCCCCCAUGGGUCCGCCCCCUCCCUACAGCAUCAGGCCUGAAGAACAUUCUGGGGUCCCCAGGGGCAUCGACAACCCAGCCUUCUGAGCCACCUCCUACCUGGAAUCUGCCUCAACCACCUUCUCCCUCACACAUUCCGGAUCAAACCAGAGACAGCUGGGGCCCCUGAAAUGCCCCUGCCCAUCCGGCUAUGUUUCUGGCCUUUCUUGGGUUUAACUUAUUGUGUUUUCUGCCCCGUCCACACCAACUGUCUUUGUCCCAAGGACUGGGCUGGAGUGAUAGUGCCUGUCUACCCCUCCUCCCCAACCCAAGUUAGAGGCUGCCAGGAGGAAAACGUCAACAGUUGGAGUUGAUGGACAGUAGAAUGGGCUACUCUGAGGGGUAGAGAGAGCCCCAUACCUGGAGGCAUACAAAUCUCGACUGGACAGCCAGCUCUGAGAGGGGAAGGGUGCUGCUGUGCCGUGGGAGAUCGGACUGCAUGAGCUCCGAGCUCUCUCCGGCUUUCCCUGAAUAGAGAAGGCCCCAUACUACCCUACCCUACCCCCGCAAUGUGUGUACUCACUAAAUUAGCUGAUUGCUGCUGAGAGUCUUGCUCUGUGGGGAGGUGAGCCUGGGGAUGGGGAGGGCCGGCCGGCAGGGGAGGAAGUCAUCACCAGGGACACAGGAGCCUGAGAAGACAGAACAUCUGCGGGCCACCCUCUGA